UCAGCCAGACGCACCGACAGACGGUGGUGUGUGAGGAGGAUCUGUGCGUAUUUACGCUCAGAGCGUGCAUGUGGAGCAAGAAAGUUGGAGAUCUCGCCGCGCGCUGACAGGAGAGUUCCGCGUGUCUGAGAGCGAGACCUUUAGAUAAAGUCCCAGAGAGGUGAAAGAACAUUCAUUAGGCUUUAAUUUUGACUGCUUCUGCACGCGCUAUCCCGGUUGGCGUUAACGCGCAGAAGAAGGAAAGCAAACAAGCUGAUUAAGAAGAAGAGGCUGAUUCAGUCCAGAGUUUUCAUCGUUAAAUUUAGCAUCUCUCUUUUUCUUCACACCCUGCGCCCUCAGAGUGCGGAGCGGCAGAGGUAGGGACCGGAGAACCGCACGGACGGACCGUGAGGCUGUGCGUCUCCGCCGGUGGAUGGUCCACUGGAUGCGGGACGAUGGAUUAAGUGAAUUCCUGACCAGUGCUGCUUUUUUUUCCUCUCUGCCAACCCCCCGGGCCACUUCGGGAUUAUUUCAUCUCUCACCAACACUACUUCCUUCCCUCUCGAGAUGACCGAGGACUAUGUUCUGCGGUGCGUCCUGAUGCUCUGCUGCGCACUGCUCUCGGCAAACGCGAGUAACUGGCUGUACCUGGCCAAGCUGUCUUCAGUGGGGAGUAUCAGGGAUGAGGAGACGUGUGAGAGAUUACGAGGUCUAAUCCAACGACAGGUUCAGAUCUGUAAGCGCAGUGUGGAGGUGAUGGAUGCUGUGCGUCGAGGAGCCCAGCUGGCUAUAGACGAGUGCCAGUUCCAGUUUCGUAACCGUAGAUGGAACUGCUCCACUCUGGAGACCAUGCCUGUGUUUGGCAAAGUGGUCACCCAGGGCACUCGUGAGGCAGCCUUUGUGUAUGCCAUCUCAGCAGCCAGUGUGGCGUUUGCGGUCACAAGGGCCUGCAGCAGUGGAGAGCUGGAAAAAUGUGGCUGUGACCACAAUGUACAUGGAGUCAGUCCAGAGGGGUUCCAGUGGUCUGGCUGCAGUGAUAACAUUGCAUAUGGAGUGGCUUUUUCUCAGUCCUUUGUGGAUGUGAGAGAGAGGAGUAAAGGCCAGUCCUCCAGUCGGGCUCUCAUGAACCUGCACAACAACGAGGCUGGAAGAAAGGCUAUUCUGUCUCACAUGCGUGUGGAGUGCAAAUGCCAUGGUGUAUCAGGCUCCUGCGAGGUAAAGACCUGCUGGAAAGCCAUGCCUCCUUUCCGUAAAGUUGGGAACAUCAUCAAGGAGAAGUUUGAUGGCGCCACAGAGGUGGAACAACGCAAGGUGGGCUCCACCAAAGUCCUCGUACCGAGAAACUCCCAGUUCAAGCCUCACACAGAUGAAGAUCUUGUCUACUUGGACCCAAGUCCGGAUUUCUGCGACUAUGACCCACGAACGCCAGGGGUGCUUGGCACAGUGGGUCGCCAGUGUAACAGAACGUCAAAGGCCAUCGACGGCUGCGAGCUGAUGUGCUGUGGCCGGGGUUUCCAGACACAAGAGGUGGAGGUUGUGGACAGGUGCAGUUGUAAGUUCCACUGGUGUUGUUAUGUCAAAUGCAAACAGUGCCGAAAAAUGGUGGAGAUGCACACUUGCCGAUGAUGGGAACUGGAGGCGCAGAGGGCAUGCUGAUGAACAAAACAAACGCCCCACACUCCUCUGAGUUGCUAACAUGAAAGGGAGCAAGGAGAAGUGUGAAGUUCCCUCUUCUCCUGUUUGAAACCACCCCCACUCUUCUACUACUGGUCAAAGGAAACACGCUGAGUGGCUGAGAGUUGAAUAUCAUGCUCUUCACCCUCAGCCACCAUCUUGGAUAUCAGUAGAUUAUGCAUGGGAUUUCCUACAAAGCUACAGAGGGAGAUUGUUUCUUCUCAAGUAGAGAGCAUCCUUCACUUUCUCCCUCCCUCCCUCCCUCACUCUCAUAUUUGCUUUGUCAUUGCUUAUUUUUGUAAUGUUUAACUUAUUUGUUGAGACUGAGGAGAUUGAUAGGGGUGGACCGAGAAGAAGGAACAGAUGAGUGGAGAUAAUAAGGGACUAACUGGACCCAUGGGUGGGCAGAUGGCGGGUGGGGUUAAGGGGUUGGGACGGGGUCAAGAGGAGGGAUGUUUGCCCUCUGUCCUUGCUGCUGAUGCUUUGGGGACUCAUUUGGACUGAUCAAUGUCAAAAAGGGAGACGCAGAGUCUGUUAGAGGAUGGACUUAAACAACAAAGAGGGGCGCGUCACGGACAGAUUUUCUGUGAUCUGCUUCCUGAGUGGCCGUGUUGCGCUGAGGUUCAGUUGCUGUUGAGUCAUGUAUUUUUUCCCCUGCAAUGCCCUGAUGCUGCUCCACGCAAACACACUCACUCCCUUUAAGACAGAGGGACGGUGAUGAUGGACAGGUGAAAGCCACCGUCUGCUCCCUCCUGUCUUCUCUGUAGGCCACAAGCACUGGCAGGUGAUGGGCAUCAGACACACCAAACACACAAACCCAACAAACACUGCUUCAAAAGACACACCUGUAUGUCCACAGCUGCUACCUACAACAGAAACCUGAACGCUUGCAUCGAAAAAAGUCUUCAACAGAUUUAAGCUGAUUGGCUACCAUUUCAGAGCAUCAGAUUAUGAACCUUCAGACAACAUCUGCAUUCAUGUCAAAGAUAUGCUGCAGUAUUUUCAUAGUGGGGUUUCAAUUUUUAAUAGGAAGUAUGUUUGACACAGGAGAUGCUGAUCAGCGCUGAAGCUAGGUUACGAGGCUAAAGUUGUUUGCACCACAUGCUGCCUUUGUGUCAGAUGUAUGCUAUACUGAAAGAAAUUCACAGCAUUUUUACUUUUCUGCUAGCAAGCUCCUUUGUUUUAGCCUUGCUCUGGCACACCACAGCCUACAGCGGUGAUCAUAAACUGGAAGCCUGGGGGCCCAGAACAUUAGCAAAUUCAGCACAUGUGCAAAGGAAAAACACAUGUUGUGAUAUAGUUUUUGAUGAACUCCUUACAGCUAUUAGAAUAACUUCAACAUCAAUCUCAUCUGAGAUCGAAAAAAUCUUAUAAGGAAUGACUUUAUGUUUCAAUCAUUGUCGGAAAUCCACCUGUAAGCUAUUACUAGCAUAUAAAAUGCAUGUUAAGGGCUGUUAUUUUUCAGUCCCUUCUUGAGAAAACUGCAUUUUUCCCUUUUUAGUACAUAGCAUAUUAGCGUCACACCCAGUGACAGACAACAUGAAAGCCACAGACAUAUUCAGCUAAAAUCUCUCAAUCGCCCCCUUGUGGCUAACUACGAUAUACAGUAGCUCACAAAAGUGAGUAUACCCCUCACAUUUCUGCAAAUAUUUAAGUAAAUCUUUUCAUGGGACAACACUGAAGAAAUGACACUUUGAUCUAAUGUAAAGUAGUCAAUGUACAGCUUGUAUAACAGUGUAGAUUUACAGUCCCCUCAAAAUAACUCAACAUACAGCCAUUAAUGUCUAAACUGCUGCCAACAAAAGUGAGUACACCCCUAAGUGAAAAUGUCCAAAUUGGGCCCAAUUAGCCAUUUUCCCUCCCCGAUGUCAUGUGACUCGUUAGUGUUACAAGGCCUCUGGUGUGAAUGGGGAGCAGGUGUGUUAAAUUUGGUGUUAUCGCUCUCACACUCUCAUACUGGUCACUGGAAGUUCAACAUGGCACCUCAUGGCAAAGAACUCUCUGAGGAUCUGAAAAAAAGAAUUGUUGCUCUACAUAAAGAUGGCCUAGGCUAUAAGAAGAUUGCCAACACCCUGAAACUGAGCUGCAGCAUGAUGGCCAAGACCAUACAGUGGUUUAACAGGACAGGUUCCACUCAGAACAGGCCUCACCAUGGUUGACCAAAGAAGUUGAGUGCAUGUGCUCAGCGUCAUAUCCAGAGGUUGAAGAAGAAGAAGAAGCUGAGGGCAAAGGUGAUGGACUGGCCAAGCACGUCUCCAGACCUAAACCCUAUAGAGCAUCUGUGGGGCAUCUUCAAACUGAAGCUGGAGGAGCGCAAGGUCUCCAACAUCCACCAGCUCUGUGAUGUCAUCAUGAAGGAGUGGAAGAGGAUUCCAGUGGCAACAUGUGAAGCUCUGGUGAACUCCAUGCCCAAGGGGGUUAAGGCAGUGCUGGAAAAUAAUAGUGGCCACACAAAAUAUUGAAACUUUGGACCUAAUUUGGACAUGUCACUUAGGGGUGUACUCACUUUUGUUGCCAGCGGUUUAGACAUUAAAACUGUGAUUAAGUGCAGAAAUUCAGGGAUUAAUUGCAGAUUGAAAAAAAAAACACAACAACCUUAGUCUUAUGCAACAAAAACUAUGAGAACCAACAACUUACUUUGAAGAUUAUUUAUGUAUGUUCAGCUUCUCUGGUUUUUACAGCCUAAUUUGAGAAAGUUUAAAGAAGCUCCAAUAAAACAUCAGCAUUCAGUACAGCAGGGAGCUCUGCAUGUUGAGUGCUGCACCUGAUAUCCUCAGAUCCAGAAAGGUCCUGAAAUACAGAUUCAGAUUUUAACACACUUAAUACAUCACUUAGUAGUUUGGGAUGUCUCUAGAGGUUUUCCCACUCUCAUUCAAACCUGUUCAGUCUCCAUGUUCUAAAGUGUUCCUGUGUUCCCUGAUCUGUUAAAGCAUCCUCUUGUAUCAACAGUAAACUGCAUUUCAUUCCUUUAAAAACACAUUAGUUUGGGCUUAUUUUUUAUCAAUGUGAAGCCUGUAGAUGCAAACAAUAUCCCCCAUAGCAAGUGAUAAUCCUUAAAGUCCUUAAAAAAUUAUAGAAAAAUCUUUAUUGUAGGUUUGUUGCCAGACAGGUCACUGUUAUAAACCACUGGGCCAAAUUUCAGUCAUAAAUAACAUCUCUAUAAUUUAUUAAAUAAGCUUCAAAAUCAUGAAAAAUAAGGCAGUAAUUGGUUGAAUGAGCUGAAGCCACGCCCACUCUUAAAAAUGCUUCUGAUCAGAGCACAGCUACCUGGAUCUGUGUCAGGGGAGGAUUAAAUUUACUGUUUUCUGGCACAAAUCUCUCUCAUAGUCCACCGUGGCUGAUAGAUUUGGGAAAUUUACCUGUAAGAGAACAAAAACACAGCAUUUAACUGACUGUUAACUUUCAACAAAGACAGUGGCAUCAGCUAACAUCAGUCUGGGGGGCAGGGUAAUUCCUCAUCAAGACUGGUGAUGUCAUGGGCUCAAAUAUUUGCCCCGCCCCAAUAAAACCAGCAAGGAAAGAGGUGAGCAACUUUCUAACGGUCUAAAUCAAAAAUUCACUUACACAUAGAUCCCAGUGUUUUCACACUCAUCAUAUUCCAGCAUAUCUAGUGGGUUAAGACACAAAGUUUGCAUUUCACUUUACAGGGACUUUAAUACUUUUGAUAUCUGACAGCUCAGCCUGCAUGCAGAGGUGGUCCCACAUGCAUUCACCCCUAACUGGAUUCAUUGAGAAGAUGUAAGGUGCACUUGCAUGUGAGAAGCCUAGCUUUAUUCAUGUCCGUCCAGCAUCACUCAGAGUGAUAAGACUUGCAUCUCUUUUAAGAGAUUCAGAUUAUCUGUCUACACUCAGUGACAAGAGCCAGUCUUUUGGCCAUCAAACAGCCUCUAAUUUGGUAUUAUUUUGCCUUUAUAUGCCGGUCAUAUCUUAAACAGGAGUUGGCUCCUAUCACUCAUAAAAUAAGCCAACUCUUAGAACCAUUUUGUCCAUAAACACCACAUAAUAAUUCCCCCAUUGAUAACUGUUGAACUGAGUUUUCAUUUCUGUCUAAUUAUUACCCCCCAAGAUUCAUAUUUUGUAUGCAUUCAAUAGGAAAAAGGCUGUUAAAUAGGCACUGCUAGCCUCUUAGCUCAUGGCUAGUUUACGGCCAUUCAUUCAUAAUGCCAGCUGCAUCACCACACAUAACAUUCAGGGAUACCAAGCCACAAUAAGAGAGCCUGUCACCUGGUCCCUAAAACACAUUGCCAAUGCAAAAUGUAAACAGGAUCUAACUGGUUUGCAGAAGUAGUGCCAGAACGAAGGAGCUUUCUUGCAGAAAUACUGAGAUUUUUUUUCCUUACAGCAUGCAUUUAUCCCAGAAUUGCUUUUUGACUUGUUUUAUGUUAAAAUGAGUGACGUUACAUGAAGCAAAUCCCCAUCUGCUGCAAUGUACAGCCUAGUUUUUGCCCCUGUCAUCCCUUAUUUUCUCAACAGAGGGGCUAAGCUGAUUGGUAUCUCCUGUUUAGUUCUGACAAGUACAUUGUACAACCCCGCUUGAAAAAGACAAAAAAAAAAAAAAAACUGCCCUCCUACCUGUUGCCUUCAUCCAAAUGCUACUUAGAUGCAAACCUGAGUAAACACAAAGACCUGCAUGCACCAGCAAACACACACAAUGUAAACACUCACACACAAAGGGGGUGGACCAGAGGGUUGCCGAGCAUGAUCACCAUGCAUGAUGACUGAAGCACUUUCUCUCCAAGCGCACAUAGAGCCCUCGCCCCACAACAACAAACAUCUGGCCAUAGAUCCAGUCGUCCCUGUGUCACUAAAACUCACACGCACACAGUUUGCCAUGCCACUGUCUGGAGUCUGUUGUUGUCUUGCACCUCCACCAUAAAGCCAGGCUUUCCUAUAAUAAUGUGCUAUCAUUAUAGAGACAUACUGUAGAUCUGUAAAGACUUAUACACUGAAGAAGACUAUACUGCCUAUGAAUGUAUGUUAAUACGGAAUAUAUGCUGUGUCAAAAAUAA